GUCGUCUUUUCUGGUUACCUAGGAUGCAUGGUUCCCUCCAGCUCGUUCUCCAGCUUUGAUGUUUAGGCCAUCUACCAAUUUUUUUUUUUUCUUCAACUCGUCAAUUCGACUAACUCCCGAGGUGGGCAAAUUACAUGUUUCCAUGGGUACUGCGACCUCUAGUGACCUCGCCGUCGUUUACCAUCCUUGCGGUGAACUGUGGGGCUCCGUUUUGGUCUACAAAAGUUGCUUGGUUUCCUCCGAAGUUUGCCGAGAUGUCAGGGCAAUGGAGAGCUUUGCUAAGGAUGAAUACGUUUUGUGAACCUGCAGUAGAUGACUUCAGGGCUACAGUGCCGAUCCCUUCAAUAUUCAGUGAUGCUCCGGCCUUCGAGGAAGUUCCUGACGUUUUGCCUAAGGGCCUGUAGUGGAAGAAGGAAUCUCUGCUUCGGAUAAAGUGGGUGGAUGCUCCAGAGUCCCCAUACAGCA